AUGGCAGUUCCUGCAUAUGCUAAUAUUCAUUGGGAUGGUUUUUCAAAAAUUAUUCAAUUGGGUAAACGGAUAAGUUUUAAUCAAUUGGUCGGUAAAAUUGCUCGUGCAAUUGGAUUAUCCGAGAAUAAUGAAUUUAUAGAGACGAUUAGUUUUAGAAAGCCUACAAUUGUGGAUGGAUUCUUACAAUUUGAAUGUAUGGAGAUAUGGGGUGAAGAUGAUGUAUCUAGUAUAUUUAAUUACUUGUAUCAAAUUGGUGGUAUACCUGGUAUAGAAAUAUAUGUUAAGAUACUUCGUUGUGUUGAUACUACAAAUGAAGAUACUGAUAUUGGUCCAUCUGAAACUGCUGUUGAAUCAAAUGAUAAACCAUGUGAAGAGCAAAAUAUAGUUGAUGAUUAUGGUUUAUCUGAUAGUCUUGCAGGGCCGUCAAUUAAUUUAUCUGAUACAGUAGAGAAUGAGGACGAGGACGAGGAUGAGGACGACGAUGAUUCAUGGAUGUCUACUGAGGAUGAUGAUGAUGAUGGUAAUGGUCAGGAGGAUAUUGGGAGUGAGUCUCGAUAUUGCAACACACAAUUUCCUAAUCCUAUUGUACCUGUUGUUCAUCCUCCCCCAUAUGCAGAAAUAGACUUCGAUUUGUUGAUGGUGGAUUCUUAUGAUAAGCCAGAAGGUCGUUACUUUUGGGAUCCUUCUAAAGAGUUUUCAGUUGGGAUGAUAUUUUUUUCGAGAGAUGCAGUGGCUGCGGCUGCAAAAGAAUAUCAUCUAAGACAUCACCAUCAAUUUUGUUAUCAUGAAACAAGGGAGAAGACGUAUUCUAUAAAGUGUAAAGACAAAGACAGUGGAUGUGCAUGGAGGCUUCGAGCAUCCAAGAAAGAAGGGGAGGAUAUAUGGAAAAUUACGGGAUAUAAUGGACCGCACACAUGUACAAAUCCUCAGUUGACAAAAAACUAUAGCCAAUUGGAUGAGAAUUUUAUUUGUUCAUUCAUAUUUGCAUUAAUUGAACAGCAACCCGAUAUAAAAAUUGUUGCCCUACCAUGA